CCGCGACUGGCCUACAGCCUCAGUGGGCUCUGGCUGCACAGCCAAUGCCUUUCGCAGUCCAACACCAACUGUUGAACUAUUUGUUUCCUCCCUUGAAUCUGCCUUCCCGUAUACAUUCCUUGCUUCUUCCAGCGUCGCUCUUUGUACCUUAUUGCUCCCGUUUAUCACUCUCAUCUGUUUCCGGCCUCGAAUUGUCGCCCUCACACGGACUGGAGAAUCGCCUUCCCAGGGGCCGUUUUGACAAACAUGGUAGAGAACAAUGCGCCACGAGGUGCGCAGUGGGCUGGACUACCCAUGAAGCAGCUCACUCUACUGGCCCUGACCUUCCAGAACUCAGCACUCAUUCUUAUUAUGCACUAUUCACGAAUAAUGCCUUUGGUAGACUCUAAUCGAUAUUUUACCUCCACCGCCGUCUUUAUAAACGAAGUCCUUAAAUUGGGAAUAUCAGUGACCAUGGCACUGUACGAGAUGUCGAACACUAUGCCCCCCUCGACACCUGCUACUACGCUUUUCGGCAAUGUCUCUAGGAAUAUAUUCACAGGAGAUAGCUGGAAGCUCGGAAUUCCUGCUGUACUCUAUACGUUUCAGAACACACUACAAUAUGUUGCUGUCAGCAACCUGGAUGCUGCCACCUUCCAGGUCACAUACCAAUUGAAGAUUCUUACUACUGCGCUGUUCAGCGUGGUUCUGCUCGGCAGGACUCUCUCUGGACGCAAGUGGGGUUCACUCGUCUUGCUCAUGAUCGGCGUUGGUGUUGUACAGCUACCGACGAAGGCGGAAGUUACUACAUUUACGACCUUCAAAGAGUCGCAAGCGAAGUUUCACAUCCCGCGGACCGUCGGAGAUUUGCGAGACGUUGGGCGAGCUAUUGCAGUUGAAGUUGCCGAAAGGGCUACCUUGCUAGGGGCUGGAAUAUUGCAACGGUCAGCGACGUAUGAAGGUAUUGAGGAGGACCGCCGGCUGCAGAAUCCGACUUUGAAUGCUCAACUGGGCUUGUUCGCAGUAGUCAUUGCUUGUAUGUUGUCUGGACUUGCAGGAGUGUACUUUGAGAAAGUCCUCAAAGAUGGCCAGAAAACGACUACGAUGUGGACGCGAAACGUCCAGCUCUCCUUCUAUUCUCUUUUCCCUUCCUUUUUCAUCGGUGUUCUGUUCAAGGAUGGAGAAGAGAUCUCAAAACUCGGUUUCUUUGCUGGUUACAAUUGGGUUGUCUGGACAGCGAUAACGUUCCAAGCUGCUGGAGGUGUCAUAGUUGCCUUGGUCGUCAACUAUGCUGACAAUAUCGCCAAGAACUUUGCUACGAGCAUCAGCAUACUUUUGAGUUUCAUAGCGAGUGUCUGGUUCUUUGAUCUUACGAUCACGCUCAAUUUUGUGCUUGGUACCGCAAUUGUACUAUUUGCAACAUAUAUGUACAGCAGUGAGGAUAUGUCUAGAGCAUCGCAAAAACUAAGCAUUGCACCGUACGAGAAGACCACAAUUGAAGGUGAUCCGAACUUUUUCGAGCAAGAAAGAUCUCUUCUAUCGCCUUCGAGGUCAGAGGACGAAGAGCUCCUGGCGCAGCCUUAUGUAGAUCGGCGAGUGCAAGCAGAGCGAGGCACAGCUCGACUGUCACUGGCUCCGACCACAACGAGAAGUGCUGCUUCCACGACUCGGCCCAACUUAUCUCAAUAUUCACGACCGGUUGUUUCAAAGCAUAGCUCGUCACCGCCUCGUAUCAUGCCAUCAAGUCCAUCUCUAGACGUUGGAAAGAGACGCGAUCGCGAUCGUCGCGCCUUACAAUCACAGUUUUCUCAAUGCUCAGCCAUAACUGGGUCAGGAACACAACCAUCGGGAUCUUUAGUCAGGAAGACAACGCAAUCCCAAGCACUACUCAAAAACCAACUUCCGAUUGUACAUGGCGUCCGCCUUGUGCCACGCUCCAUACUACCGGAUCGCUUCCGUACUGUAUUUCCGUUCCCUCUGUUCAACGCGGUCCAGUCAAAGUCCAUUGACAAGGUAUAUCAUUCCGAUGACAACUUUGUCCUUUCGUCGCCCACUGGAAGCGGAAAGACUGCCAUUCUCGAGCUCGCCAUAUGCCGUGCAAUUGGUCAAUACCCAGGUGGGCAGUUCAAGAUUGUCUAUCAAGCACCAUUCAAGGCGUUAUGUUCCGAGAGGUACAAUGAUUGGCAAAGGAAGUUUGGUCCACUCGAUUUACCGUGCGCUGAGCUCACAGGGGACACCGAAGCUAACGAGUUGAAGAAUGUUCAAAAUGCAACCAUUAUCAUAACGACUCCUGAGAAAUGGGACAGUCUGACGCGGAAAUGGAAGGACCAUGAAAGACUCAUGCGUAUGGUCAAGCUCUUUCUCAUUGACGAAGUACAUAUUCUCAAAGAUGAACGUGGUCCGACACUGGAGGCUAUUGUAUCACGUAUGAAGUCGAUGGGUACUGACAUGCGGUUUGUAGCUCUCUCAGCCACGGUGCCGAACCUCGAAGACGUAGCAAUGUGGCUGGGUAGGAAUAGCCGCGAGCAAAAUGAACCAGCGCCCAUGGAGAGGUUCGGCGAGGAGCUACGACCUGUCAUGCUGGAAAAGCAUGUAUGUGGUUAUAAUUCGAGCAGCAAUGAUUUUGCUCUCGAUAAAACGCUGACAUCGAAGCUUUCUGAAGUGAUACCGAAGUAUUCUCAUCGUAAGCCGAUCAUGGUAUUCUGCAUGACACAAAAGUCAGCUGUUAGUACUGCCAAAACCCUGGCCAAUUGGUGGUCGGAGCGCCCAAGAAACAAUCGAUUUUGGGAUGCUCCAAAUCAUCCUAUUCCUCUCGCUGACGGCGAAUUGCGAGCUUUCGCCGCAUCUGGAGUCGCGUUUCACCACGGAUCAGUUGACAGUGGGGACCGACACCUCGUGGAGAAGGCGUACCUUGCCGGCGAUAUCAGCGUAAUUUGUUGUACCUCAACCCUCGCAGCGGGAAUUAAUUUACCAUGCCAUAUGGUGAUCAUCAAGAACACUGUGGCUUGGUCUGGUACAGGUCCAAGGGAGUACUCCGACCUGGAGAUUAUGCAGAUGCUUGGACGAGCAGGGAGACCUCAAUUCGACAAUACCGCAGUGGGGGUGAUCAUGACAUCCUCUAGCAAAGUUGCCCACUACGAAAAUCUAGUCUCUGGACAAGAACCUGUAGAAAGCCAACUUCAUCUGAAUCUUAUCGAGCAUCUGAAUGCCGAAGUCACACUAGGCACGACCUCUGACUUGCAGUCGGCUAAGAGAUGGUUAGGUGGAACCUUCCUGUCUGUUCGCAUGUUGAAGAAUCCUACCCAUUACGAGAUUGAUAAUAUCACGGACGCGGGUAGCCUUGACGAACGACUCAGUAAGAUUUGUUCUCGCAAUAUGGCCUCCCUGAAGGAUCACGAACUCGUAUGCGGCAGCCAAAACUUCAGACCAACCGAGUACGGCAAUGCUAUGGCACGGUAUUAUGUUCGAUUUGAUACAAUGCUGUUAUUUCUGGGCUUGCCUCGACAGGCUAAAGUAUCAGAGAUCCUAUCAGCCCUUGCACAAGCUGCAGAGUAUAGAGAUAUACGCUUCCGCAUCCCGGAAAAGUCAGUCUACAAAGAGGUCAACGGAUCUAAUCUGAUCAAGUUCAGCAUCAAGGUAGACCUGGCAUUGCCAGCUCACAAGACAUCCCUCCUUAUGCAGAUGGCACUUGGUGGUGUCGACUUCCCAAGAGAUGAGAAGGCAAUAAAAUGCAGCGUACAAUUCGGUUUGGACCAAGGAAUAGUCUUCAAACAUAUCAACCGCCUUGUACGGUGCGUCAUCGACUGCCAGCUCUUCCGUGAAGACGCGCUUGCGGCUCGAAACGCACUCAUGCUUGAGAGGAGUUUUAGUGCCCGAGCCUGGGACGAUAGCCCUUUGCAACUGACUCAGCUAGAACACAUUGGUCCUGUUGCGGGAAGAAAGUUGAUGGGCGCCAAUAUUUGCUCAAUCGAGGAUCUCGAGAACACCGAGCCGCAUCGACUUGAGACCAUACUGAAGCGGUAUCCUCCGUUUGGAAGACAGGUGCUUGAUUCGCUGAAGUCAUUUCCGAAGCUACGCGUUGGCAUGCAAAUGACCGGACACUCGGUUUCGAAGUCAGGGGAGGGCGUGAAGGUUCAUGUGAAAGCAGAAAUAGGCUUCAUGAAUGAGAAACCUCCUUUGAUAUUCAGGAAAAGGCCAGUUUUCAUAUGCGUACUCGCAGAGACUUCAGAUGGCAGGGUUGCGCACUUUGCUCGCACUAGUUCAAAGAAAUUGAACACCGGGCUAGAUCUUUUCUUCUCAGCUACAUUAACAGCAGUAAACCAACAUAUCAUUUGUUACGUCAUGUGUGAAUCAAUCGCUGGAACACUUCGACGUGCGUCUCUGACACACCAGCUGUCUCCCUAUCUCUUUCCGAAAGCUAUUCAAGUAGUAGAGCCUUCUUCACCGGAGGAGUGUAAGCCCAUGUCCAACAUUUCACGUCGACGAGCCGAUGUCUACUCUCGCCACCGCAGUCUUGGAGAAGCUAGUGAAGACUACGGAGACGAUGAUCUAGACGACGAAGAUUUCGCCUACCUUGCUCCGAAGGAUCUAAACUUCGAGCAUAUUGAUGACUUUAAGAAGCCUAAGGGCAAGAUAACCCAUCAGAACCAAGCGAAUGAUGAAUCACAAGCGCUAUUGCCUGAGAGGGAUCACAUCUCAGAGCCUGAAAGAAUGGAGAACGGAAACUAUUUCUGCAAUCAUGUUUGCAAAAACAAACUGUCAUGUAAGCAUCUAUGCUGCAGAGAAGGUCUAGAGAAGCCACCAAAGAAAUCCGCAAAGAAGCGUGCCACAAACCAUGAGCCGUCCGAGACCCAGCGAUAUUCGAAGACAGCCAAGAAACAAAUCAAACUCGACCUUAGUGCCACAAAGCUGAAGUCUGAAUGGCCUAGAUUCAAGGAGCCGUGCAUCGAGAUCGACUUAACCCAAACUAUGCCUGGUCAUACUUACACGAAGCAUAGCUCGUAUGAGUCCCAAAGCCUGCAUCGUUCUCAUAGUACUGUCCAGCGUGGGUCAGGCAAACAGACCUCAAACGUGCCCGACACCAUACCAAGUAAGCCGCGGGCGUCGGAUGCUACGAGCAAAAAUCUUAGACUUUCUUUCCUUCCUGCACCUCUCCAUAACGAUGUAAGUAGCGACUACGGCGACGUCCUGAGCGAUAUAAAUACCACGUCAACGCCUCCGCAUUGCAAAUCAAAAUUCUCAUUGCACGAUGACGAAGAGGACGAUAUUGAAAGUCUUGAAGAGGCUAUGAUUGGAGUUACCGAUUCGCAAGACCUGAAAUAUGAUCGUGGAACAUACGAUGACGAGUCGUUUGACUGCACGCAGUUCAAUGUCUACGAGGAUGUACAGAUGAUAAACCAGGCUUCUCAGAAGGUUGGCGCGAUGCGGUCAGUUAAGUACAAUGAAAGCUUACCAGUGGAAGAAAAGGCGGAUUAUAUAUCAGAAUAUGAACCAGCCCAAGUCACGCCAACCAAGUCUGUGUCGUUAUUCGUUGGAGACACGAGCCGUGUGGGACCAGCACAAAAGGCACCAGUAGCGCGGACAACUGGUACAGCGUCUACCUUCUUUAGCUCCAGAGCUGCCGAAGCUGAGGACCUGAUUUCUACAGCUGUAGGUGUCGAAGUCGAACAUAAUGCAGGAGGCGAUGUGGUUAUACCUCCUGGAUACGAGGGCAUAGAUCCCUGUCUGAUCGCUGAAUUCGGUGAUAUCGUUGACUUCACUUAGGAAUGUGAGUAUUGAAAGGGGAGGAGCGCAAGAGACACGUGAGGAAAUCUGCGAUAGCUUAUAAUGAAUAUACAUAUAAAUAUAUGAUGGUAAUGAUAUAUGCUAGCUUGGCUGAAUUGUUCCUAUAACCCGCCGAAAGAGGACGAUGAAAAGAGGUAUAACGACACAAGUACUACAAAUUAAUUCAUGUUGGGAUACUUGCA